CCCCAGCCCGGCGGCCGCCGCCCCGCCCCGCCCCGCCCCGGCAUCCUCGCGCGGACCGGAGCCCUGAUGGACGUGAGAGCAGAGUGGAGCCCAUCCUGACCCCUGCCCCACGCGGCUUCCCCCAUGCCAGGCCCUGUGACUAUGGAUGAGUGGAAACCCAAUCCCAUCAUCAAGCCCCACAAGAAGCGGAGCUGGUACCUUGCCUGGAAGUACAAGCUGAUGAACCAGCGUGCGCUGCGGAAGCUGUGCCAGACAGGUGCUGUCCUAUUCCUGCUUGUGACUGUGAUUGUGAACAUCAAGCUGAUCUUGGACACCAGGAGAGCUGCUUAUGAGGAGGAAGAAGAGUCCACGCAGGACUAUGAUGAUGAGAUGCUGAACGUGGAAGUCCCUAAGCACCCUGCCAGCACCAAGAAAGUUUUGGAUGUUGAGGUGUACUCCAGCCGAUCAAAAGUCUAUGUGGCCGUGGAUGGGACAACGGUCCUGGAAGAUGAGGCUCGAGAGCAGGGAAGAGGGAUCCAUGUCAUCGUCUUAAAUCAAGCUACGGGUCAUGUGAUGGCCAAGAGGGUCUUUGACACCUAUUCUCCCCAUGAGGAUGAAGCCAUGGUACUCUUCCUCAACAUGGUUGCCCGAGGCCGAAUCCUGAUCUUCACUAUUAAGGAUGAAGGCUCCUUCCAUCUCAAGGACACAGCUAAGAACCUUCUGAAAAGCCUAGGGAGCCAAGUUGCACCAUUCCUAAGCUGGAGAGACAUGUGGACGUUUGUGGGGAAGAAAGGAGGGGAGAUAUAUGGUGAGAAGCAUGCAAAGUCGCCUGCCCUCUCAACAUGGGGUGACCCUGUACUGCUGAAGACCGAAGUCCACCUGACAUCCAUGGAAGAUGCUGAGUGCCAUUGGCCUGACACAGAGCUGAACCGCCGCCGGAGGAGGUUCUGCAGCAAAGUAGAAGGUUAUGGCAGCGUCUGCAGCUGCAAAGACCCCACACCCAUCGAGUUCAACCCUGAUCCUCUCAAAGACAAUAAAGUCUUUGAUGUGCCUGUAGCUGUUAUUGCAGGGAAUCGUCCCAACUACCUAUACAGGAUGCUGCGCUCCUUGCUGUCGGCUCAGGGAGUCAAUCCUGAGAUGAUCACAGUCUUCGUUGACGGGUACUAUGAGGAGCCAAUGGAUGUUGUGGAGCUGUUUGGCCUUGCAGGAAUCCAGCACACUCCCAUCAGCAUUAAAAAUGCCAGAGUUUCCCAGCACUACAAAGCCAGUCUGACUGCAACCUUCAACCUGCAUCCGGAGGCCAAAUUUGCUGUGGUUCUGGAGGAAGACCUCGACAUCUCUGUUGACUUCUUCAGCUUUCUGAGCCAGUCAAUCUACCUGCUGGAGGAGGACGAGAGCCUGUACUGCAUCUCUGCUUGGAAUGACCAGGGCUACGAGCACACAGCUGAGGACCCCUCGCUCCUGUACCGCGUGGAGACCAUGCCAGGCCUGGGCUGGGUGCUCCGGAAGAGCCUGUACAAGGAAGAGCUAGAGCCAAAGUGGCCAACCCCAGAGAAGCUCUGGGACUGGGACAUGUGGAUGCGGAUGCCUGAGCAGCGGAAGGGCCGGGAGUGCAUCAUCCCUGACAUCUCACGCUCCUACCACUUUGGCAUCGUGGGGCUCAAUAUGAAUGGCUACUUUCACGAAGCCUAUUUCAAAAAGCACAAGUUCAACACAGUCCCAAAUGUCCAGCUUAAAAAUGUGGAGAGCUUGAAGAAGGAUGCCUACGAAAUCGAAAUUCAUCGGCUCCUUGGCGAGGCUGAGGUCUUGGACCACAGCAAGAACCCCUGUGAGGACUCUUUUGUGCCUGACACUGAGGGCAAGGUCUACGUCAUGUUCAUCAGGAUGGAGCAGGAAGCCGAUUUUACCACCUGGACUCAGCUUGCCAAGUGCCUCCACAUCUGGGACCUGGAUGUUCGUGGGAAUCACAAGGGGUUAUGGAGGCUUUUCCGCAAGAAGAACCACUUCCUCGUGGUGGGAGUCCCUGCCUCCCCCUACUCGUCCAAGAAGCCCUCAUCAGUGACACCGAUCUACAUGGAGCCUCCUGCCAAGGAGGAGGGGGCAGUGGCGGUGCCAGCAGUUCCUGCAGCAGAGCAGACAUGAGACUGGCAGCUGGGGAGCAAGUGGGGACAGGAGAGGACAGAGACCAAGUGGGCAGCUGCCCUUGGAGGCUAGUGACCAGACAUGGACUCCCGUUUCAGACUGCAAGAUGAGAUCUUGGGCUGCCUCCAGCCCCUUGCUAUGGUCCCCCUCUUCCUGGAAUGGGGUCCUUCCCUGUAGAUCUGCUACCCCCACGUCACGGAAACCUUUUUAACACAGACUCUUUACUAAUGCUGCUCCCUUCUUUCCCCACCUGGUCUGACUGGGCAAGGCUGGAGGAAGAGGAUGCUCAGUCUAGGGCUGCAGGGAGGCCUUUAGAAAUGCCUGUGGCUCCCUCUUCUGCCCCCAGGUCCUGAGAAGGGCAGCCUGCUCUUGUAGGAAGUGCUGCAGCCUACCAGCUGGGUUUUAUUUAUUAACUUUUGCCUGGCUGGCUUUGUGCCCAGCGCAGUGGUGAAGGGGGGAAUCUUCCAGCAUCUUUUCUCUCUCCUGCACGAUGGAUGCACCUUGAAGACUGCACUGGACUGGAUGUCUCUCUGCAUCCCAGCUCAUUGCUGGCACCAGUGCAGCCCAGCUUGUAGGCAAAAGGAAAUGCUGCAGAAGAGCUGAUCUUGCUGCAGAUGUGUAGGGGAUGCCCCAUCCCCAGCACGAGGGCCAUCAAGGGGACCCUCUUUCCCCUCAGUUCGGGGAGCCAGAGAUGACUGUGGAUGGAGCAGGACCAGGCUGUAUGCUGCAGCUCGGACUGUCCUCACCCACCUCCCUUGCUGGGAACACCCAUGGGCCAUGGGUGAGGGGGUGAAAGUGCCUUGUGGAGCAAGAUCGGAGCAGCGAACAGCAAGCCCCACCUCUGCUAUGCCCAGCUGCAGAGGCAAGAUGGACCUGGGCCUUCCAGCAGCCAGCACUGGAAUGGAGCAAUGCUGCACCCUGGCAUGGUCCUUGAUGUGGUACUGUACCCGUCUGUCCUUCUUACCUGGCAAGGUACCCCAAGCCCUUUCUCAAGGCAAGGGUUUUCUUCUCCUGAAUCUUCCACUUACCAUGGUACUUUUCUGGCAGGGAAGCUGCAGGCUGAGAUGGGAUAGGCAGCCUGGCUUACCUGGCAUGGUACGACCCCUGUGUGGAGAGAGGCUCCCUGCCCACCUUAGGAAGGACCCAAGGACCCUCUCUCACACCCGGCCACCUGGUACAAGUUCCCCCCCUAACCAGAGGCAGUCCUAGUCCCCCUCACUCAAUGCUUUCCCUGUUUUAUCCAUGCAACAAGAGCCCAGUUCUCUGCCCAGGUACCGUAUGCUCAGCAGGGAUUUGCUGCCCAGCCCUUUCUCUGUGGUCAGAGGAGGGUACGUGGGAGCUGGGCCCCUAGCCUGCAGUACUGUUUGGGCCAGGUGCUCUUGCCCUUCGUUUUCUCACUGUGAACUGAGCAUCAGGCCCCCUGGGAGCUCCUGCCCCAGCACCUCCUGGGAUCUACACUACACUAACUUAUUUAUUUAUUGCUUAUGGGAAGGGGGAGGACAGCAAGAAAGUAACAUGGAAAGCUGUCAGCCCUUAGCCUGCGAGGGCACAGUUCUGGGGGCUUUCACUUUUGAGCCCCCAACAUCAUUCUCUGUUCCCUUCCUUCCUCCUUCCUUUGCCCAGUGGAGGAAAAUGAUUGUGAACUUAGCAACUCUACUCUGGUCAAAGUAACCUCCGUGUGAGCACAGCUCAGCUCUAGUGUGAGAACAAGGGCUCUGGCCCUUGGGGUCCUUGUACACCUGCCUUAUCGGCUUAGGGGACAAGGCAGCUGGGUGUGCAGAGUCUGCAGAGCAGUAAGGAUGGGAUGGGCCCCUACCUGCACGCUGUUCAUCAUGGGUGCAAGAGGGGGAUGAGGGGUGACAGUACAGGGUGGCAUCAUCAGGGCUUUGGCACCAGCGCUGGGGCUUUGUUUCAAUGCUGCCUUGUUCCACACACACAAACCCUCAACCAGCCUCACUUCCUCUGGGGCUCUGGUACAGCAGCCUCAAGCUGAUGGAUGUCUGGGCUGCUCUUCUGCAGCCUCAGCUGGCCGGUAGGGGUUUUAAGAAGGUCCUUUAAAUGCUGUGAGAUAGGGACUCUGCUUCCUGUCCCCUCUACCCAGCACCAGGGCUGGCUGCUUGCACCUCAAGUUCUGCUUUGGAAAAACCUCCUGGUUCUCCACCAUGGCGAUUUUCUUGGCAUCUCAGUGCUCAAGGUCAUGUUUCUCUUUUUCCUUAAGCCAACUCCCUCAUUUCUUGUCCCCUAGGAGGGGUUCAGGCCUGCUAUAAGCUUCUUUUUGGUUGGGAAGAGUGGGGGGAUGCAGUCCUGCAGACAGGGAAAUGGCUAGAUGUGAAUUCCCCUCUUUCUCUGUCCUGUUGUGCUGCUCCUUGUCCUGCAGAGCCCUAGGGACUAUGGCCCUUUGCUUUCCGUGACAGCAGCAUUCGACUUGUGGGCUUUGGCCUCCUCGUUCUUUCCCUCUCUGCACCCCAGGUCAGGCCUGCUGGGUGCUGUUUUCCGUCCGUCCUCCUUCCUCUCGCAAGGCUCCAGUUUAGUGGUCAGCCAGCUGAGGGGAUGGGGACCCACCAGGUCAUAGUAUGGCUGGGAGCAAGGGCAACCACAGGGCUUGCCGCUUUCUCAAUUGAAUUAUUUUUUCAAGAAUAAAUAUUGCAAAACUGUUGAGCCUCA